UAGGCUUUUUCAGAGUAAGGUUAAGAUCAUCAUACCAUGGCAGCCACACCAGCAGCAUCGUCCUCUUUAACUGACAAUUGUCCCAUUUGUUGGGAUGAGCUUUCUACAGACUGUGGAAGAACAAUUGUAACCCUCCAAUGCUCUCAUAAGUUCCAUCUUGACUGCAUUGGUUCGACGUUUAAUUCUUUUGGUGAAAUGCGAUGCCCCUUGUGUCGAGCCACUGAAAGUGGCACUUGGAUUAUCCCUGGACAAGGAGCAGAUGAAGAAGCUUCUGAGGAAGAUUAUUCUGACACUGAGGGACUUGAAUUUGAGGAAUGGGAUCUGUUUCCUAUGCAGGAAGGGUUGAUGGACCCAACAAGAGCUUUCCUUUAUCGAGCAUCUUCACAGCCUGCUGUCUUGGCUACUGAUGAUGGGACAUUAUAUCAUCAGGUCUCCGCUUUUGAUAUCAUCCAUCAGUUAAAUUGCCAAUGGAAUCAACCACCGUUGACAGCAUUCAAUUCAAUAUUCAAUCACUUUUCAACUGCAACUCAGCGUCCGACCAGUGUUGCAUCUUCAACCUUGAGAACAUCUCCAGGUCGUUCUCAGGGUGUUGUGAAUAUUGAAUCAUUUAUUGAGCCGGUUAUUCUCGAGCCUGGUCGGAGUAAUGGCCCUACACCUUGCAAUUUUGACUGGACGUGCCCGCCUAUCAAUUCACCAUCUCCAGGUGUGCAUGCAAUGAUGUCUAGCCGGAGUGGAUCCAAUGGCUUAUCAGAGACGAUUCCAACUGAUAAUACAGCAUUGCAAUCUGAACAAACUCAGUUCAACGUGCCUUCUAAUGCUCCAGUCGACAGGCAACACCAAGAACUGCCUAUAAUUGUUCAACAUGAAACCAAUAACAUUUCCCCUUCUGAGAAUUCCCCGGAUGACAUUGAUCCUUCUCUGAAAUUAAUGCGACGUAGGAAGCGGAAGAGCAGCAAUAGCCAUGGGAGAAACCUUCUCAAUGAUCUUUUAAAUGGGAAACUCCACAGGAAAAAUAUUAAGAAGACAUCUCUGAAGACUUCAAUGGAUGAUCCGCUGGGGAUGGACAAGGGUGGUGAAGUAGAGGCUCUAAGGGAUUAAGGGACUCAAAUGCUGGUAUUCGUACUUAAGCCCUAUCAAACUUUGCUUAAAUAAUGGAGCUUUUGUCUGGUGAUAACAGGAAUAAGGCAGUUUUGAAAGGAAGCAUUGGGGUUAGAUGAAGUUAAGGAUCAGAAGCCAGAGGAUGGGAUAAAUAUGAUAUUCUGAG